GCGGCGUAGAGUCCGCUGGCCUCGGACCCGCGUCCCGCACGCGGACUGUCCCGGUUACCGCCAGGAGACCGGCGACUAGAAACAGACUCCCAGGACACUGAAUGGAGAGACUGGAUUCCUAAAGCGACAGGCAGAGGAGAACUCCUGGACCACUUGGGUUGCCUCAAAGACCUGCAGAGGAGCCAUGGGGGUGUUGAUGUCGAAGCGGCAGACGGUGGAGCAGGUGCAGAAGGUGAGCCUGGCUGUGUCAGCCUUCAAGGAUGGGCUACGGGACAGACCUUCCAUCAGACGUGGGGGUGAGCCACCAGGGUCCCGCCGCGGCACUGUGGAGGGCUCUGUUCAGGAAGUACAGGAGGAGAAGGAAGCAGAGGCAAGUGCCCCCGUGGUCCAGGAAGAGAGCAGUAUCAACCGUGCAGCCUGGGAGCGGCUCCGAGAUGGGCGUGGAGUUGAGCCUGAGGAGUUUGACAGGACCAGUCGAUUCACACCCCCUGCCUUCAUCCGCCCCACCCGGAAGCUGGACGAUGACAAACCUCCAGAUAUUGGCUUGGAACCCCGGGAGCCUGUUGUCAGCGAUGAGAUGUGUGACAUCUGUGAAGUCUGGACCGCCGAGAGUCUCUUCCCAUGCAGAGUCUGCACCAGGGUUUUCCACGACGGUUGCCUGCGCCGCAUGGGCUACCUCCAAGGGGACAGUGCAGUGGAGGUGACCGAGAUGGCCCAUACAGAGACAGGCUGGAGCUGCUACUACUGUGACAACCUUAACCUGCUGCUUACGGAGGAGGAGAUGUACAGCCUCACAGAGACCUUUCAGCGGUGUAAAGUCAUCCCUGAUUGCUCCCUGACACUGGAGGACUUUGUGCGCUACCGCCACCAAGCAGCAAAGCGAGGAGACAGCAACAGGGCCCUGACUGAUGAGCAAGAGGAGCAGGCAACCCGCCAGUUUGCAGCCUUGGACCCUGAGCAUCGGGGUCACAUAGAGUGGUCUGACUUCUUGUCCCACGAGUCCCUCCUGCUGCUGCAGCAGCUGCGUCCCCAGAACUCUCUGUUGAGGCUUCUUACCGUCAAGGAGAGAGAACGAGCCCGAGCCACCUUCCUGGCACGGGGCAGAGGAAGCACCAUCAGCGAGGCAGAGUGCCACCAUGCCCGGCACUCUUGGUUCUGCAAACGCCUUGUAGAGGCUUCUUCUUGCAGUGUCAGUAUCAGCCAUGUGGGUCCUAUAGCAGACAGCAGCAGCCCAGCUGCCAGCAGUAGCAAGAGUCCGGAGAAGGCCCCACCGCCCACAGAGCAGGAGUCCAGAUAUGUGGAUUGGCCCACCUUCCUAAGAGAGAAUGUCAUCUACAUCUUGGCUGCUCGUCCUAACAGUGGAGCGAUCCACCUGAAGCCCCCAGGAUAGGUGGGAGAGAGAAGCUCAGUUCUGGAACGGUGGCAACCUCUCUUUCCUUUCUUUUUUCUUUACCAACCUCUGGCACUGAGACUCAUGGGAAUGGGACACUGCCAACAUCUUAAUUUGUCAUUAAGCUUUAUGGCACUAAAGCCACCGUUCCCCUCACAACAGAGGCAGUAUGUGUAUUGCCACACUGAGAAGCCCUGAGAGCUGUGGCAUUAGCUGCUAUGGACCACCUCCUGCCCUCACAUCAUAAAACUACCUGCCACCUCAUGCAUACAUAUGUGCACAUGCACAUACAGCCACACAUAUGCCUAGAUAUCCAUGCCUUCAAACUCCUGGUUCUUUCUUCAGUGAAAAAGGACCAAAAUCCCUUUGUUGAGCCCCCAUGCUUUAGAUAAGAGGGUCUCUUCUUGUUCUUUUUAUUGGCGAGUUCUGAUUCCCAGGAGAAAGAAGGGGACAGAUUAAAUUCACUUCCCCUCCAGGAGAUGCUGAAAGGUCCCCUGCCCACAUGGAAACCCCCUUCAGUGAUGACCACUGUUAUUCGUAAGUGUUUGUAUGUCCCUCAGGUGUGCCAUGGUGGGAGAACAGUUCAAAACCAUCCUGAAGUUUGUGUUUAAAUUCCGAUUCCUCAUGAUAGAGAAGGAAACUAGCUUGUGGAUUUCUCCCUGGAGAAAUUGGAGACAGUCUCUCCAGAGACCCAGAAUUCUAGGAACUUUUCAACCCAACUUCACAAGUCCUUAGCAUAACAGGAAAACCAAGAUGAGACUCCUGGUCCCUAUUCUUCAAAUGGUCCAAAGCUCUAGGGACCCAAGAGGAACAGAUACACUGGCAGGAAUCUCUCUACGUGAGAUGCUGUAGCCUAAGUGGAGACCUCAGAGGCUGAUGGGGAUGCAGAGAAGAAAAGAAAAUUCAGGCUUUUCCUGCUUCCCAGUCCAACUCAAGCACAGACACAGACAUGCAGGCUGGUAUGGAGGGAAGCCAGCCUCUUACAGAGGAGCUCUGCAGAAUACCUAGGCAGCUGUGCUUUUUAAGAAGCGACAACAAAAGCCUAAGAAGAUCUGUAUCUUAACUGUCAAGAAGUUCUAGUCAUCGUCAGAAGGGGGACAGUGUGUUCUUCUCCCUUGCCCCAGUUGCUGCUUCUCCCUGCUGCUCACUCCAGGUCUUCCCCUCUGUGCUAGGAGAUGGAGCUAGCCUGAGAGGACCUUGUGGACAAGUGGAGAACACUAUGAGUGUAGCAAGCUUGGCCUGGUUCUGAAGCUCUCAUGUCUGUACAUGGUGUGGGUCAGCCCUUAGACCUGGAGAUCCAGGUUCUGAUUUCUAUUUUCAACCAGAUGACUUAGGUAUGGGCAGUUCUGACAACUAGUUCUUUAGGAGAGAAUUGAGUCAAGUCCUGCAGAAGCUCACAUUGUCUUCACUGCUGGAAGCACUCGUACUAAAGUGGAUAGUUUUAGGAAAGGGAGCAUGCUGCUCGGUGUUGAAAGGCUCAGAUGCCAUGGGCAUCUCCAGCCAACCCUUGCUGAGAGCCCUGCAUGCUCUCUUCCUGUAGGACCUGUCUGACCUAGAAGCAGGGUGGUAGGCUGCUGGAGACGGAUUAUUUAGGACCAAAAUGAAGCAGACAGGAGAUACAUGUGGAUUCAUUUUGAAACCCACAGCUUUUUAAAAAGUAUUACUUAAAGCUGGGCAUAGUGGUACAUACCAUCCCCUUAAUCCCAGCACUUGAGGAACAGAAGCAGGUGGAUCUCUAUGAGUUGAAGGCCAGACUAGUCUAAAUACAAGUUCUAGGCCAGCCAGGAUUAUACAAGUGAGACUUGGUCUCAAAACAACAAUGAAAACAACUCGGCCAUGUUCCCAGGAAUGAUCAGUAAGAUGGCCCGUUGUUGAAUUGAGUCGAAAACAAAGCACAAGCCUGCUGGGCUCAAGGACUGCAUCUGUCUGUAGCAGCCAGCCCCGGGGUUUUCCAUUGAGAAGAUUAAAGCAUGUUAAAUCCAGGGGUUCUUGCUCACUCUUCCGAUGAGUCAUCCCUCGCUCUCUGUGGCUGUGGGCUGCUGAACUGCACAAGACACUUUGAACAAAGAUAAUUUAUCUCUGGGCUUUGGGAAUUGGACAGUGUUUUUCUGCCACUCCCCAGCUGUGGACACUGCGAGUCUCUCUUUUGUUUUAUGGUCCUUUGCAGACCAAGACGAUGCUUACCAAUUUGGAGCAGCUGUUUAUUGCUCACGUACAGUUGAAUGGCAGAAGACCACAGGCUGAAUCAGACUGACUGGGUCCAGAGGCUUGCAGAGCCAGCCCCUCAACUUCUCCUCCAGGACGGCACAGGACAGCUGACCUCUUCUCCACAAGCAUCUAGUGCUGUUCCAAAGGGAGGGCCCGUUGCUCCCUAGUCGGUUGUUACAGAAGCCCGCCCCAACCCAGUGUCCGUAAUCUCUUUAAUGUGGCCUCCCCGAAUCCCCCUGCAGUGUUUAUAGAGGUACACUUUCAUUAACCUAGUAAGACUCAUUCCCUUUCCAAGCCUUUCUAUCACUGUGACUGUCUGAAAUUCUGCCAAGUGCAAAGAUUAAUGUCUGGCUCUGAUGAGGGUAUGAGAAAUAUUUCAGUCUUUCCCAUCUUGGCCGCCGAGAGUUAAGAUCAAUGCUUUUCCCAACACCGUCCAUCCUGAACUCCAACCGAGGACGGCUUGGGUUACAUAUAUGCUUCUCUGAAGACCAGCUUCCCCAAGCCUGGUUUUCAUCAAGAAGCUCUCCUCCCUAUAUUCUAUUUAAAUACGGGAACAUCAGGAUGGCACAGCAGAGCUAUGGGGACAGACUUGCUGAUGGUGGCUUAGCGCUGCAUCAUCUCUCCAGGUCUGUCCCUUGGCCUCCUUCCCCGAGGCCACCCUUCCCCAGCAAAACAUUUGAGCAGUGGCCCGAUGGUAUCCCAGGGAUGAAGCAGCUUCCUCAUUCCUAGGUACUGAUUCAACUCAAGUGCUCUUCCUUUGAGGAAAGCUGCAGCAGAAGCCAUGAAUAUAUUGCCUCUUUCUACCCCUAGCCCAAGCAAUGGGUUGACAGGGUAAACACUUGCCUUUCUGGCCCUAGUGCUUCCUGCAGGAGGUCACCUGGACCUUGUUUAAGCGGCCAAGUCUUGGAGUUCCCCCAUUCCUAUCAUCAAAACAGAAAGCACAGAAUUCAGCUGCCUAGGAAGAGGGCACUCCACUGGGAAGUGAGUGCCAGGGUUGUCCCAUGCCUUAGCCCAAAGCACAAUAGUCAUUGCAGGCAUCACGGCUUCCCAGAGUGUAUCAAGCAGUCAGGUGAGGAGAACGGCUCAGCAGAAGCUGUCUGGUAGGGGCUCAUCCAGCCACAACUACCCAAGAGCCAAAAGUAAGCAACCUUGAGGCAUGAAACUUGAACUGGCAGCAGGCUCUGCUAUUCCAUGUCUCCUUCCAACCAGCAGAGUGAAGGCACAUACACAGUUGUGCACUGCAUAUGUAUCCAGGGAGGCACACGUAUCUAGAGUCAUUCAUGGCCCAGAGCAUGAAAAAUAGGAGCAGGUCUUGUCUGGACCGAUGAUUAAGAGACCCAUUUCCAUUCUGGAAAUCUAUUCUGAGAACGGUAUCACAGGGCAGCAUCUUCAUAGUGCAAGCAUCAGAGAGUGCUCUUACACAAACCAAACAGCUACCACAUUAGUGGGCAAUAUAACUUAUGGGACCACCAUUGUACAUGCCAUCUGUCGUUGGUUGAAAUGUCACUAUAUGGCACAUGACUAUUCUGUACUUGGCAUUAAAAGACCAAACAAACAACCUUGAUGCCAAAAUUUCAGAACAUCCUGGCAGCACCUGUAACCAUGGCCCCUUUCUAACCUGCCAUUUACAGUGGAGCCAAAUCACUAUGCUCUCCUUGCCAUCUGGGUUUCAUUUGCUCACUGUAUCUCUCUUGUCCUGGAUGCAGCCCAGACAAAGGAGCUCCUGAGUGGGCAUGAUCAGUAUAUGGCCGGGUCCUACAGCUCAGCCCUGGAAUAUGGUGGAGCCAAGCAUUCCCCCUGCUGUUGCUUGCCUAUUGCCACUAUGUUUGGCAACCUUGUAAAGAAAAGGAUAGGCUACAGAAUCCCCACUAGACCAACACUAAAGUUGCUUCCCUCUGGGAUGCAUGCCCGGGGGCCCAGAGCCUGGAGGCACGGGUUAGGUCUUAUCUAGACAAAUAAUUUAGAAGCCAUUCUAUUCCAUUCUAGUUUGGAAUAGAAAGAGUUGUCCUUUCUAUAUCCAUAAUCAUCAAAGGCCUUCAAGUUUAGCCUUCAAGCAUUAAGGGAUAUCCAUGGUUUAUUUCCAGCCAAGCACACUGGGAGGAAGGCUCUGGGAUCCCUUCAGUAACCGAGGAUCCUCGUGCCUACCUUUUCUGCUGAAGGUAACUUGACAGUAAUCAGAGGGGACCAACCCCAAGCCCUGUCUUCCUGUCUACAGCUGCAUGAUCCUCCCUGUGACUCAGCCUUCACAGUACUCCAAGCAGGAGUCCCCAGAGGCUGGGCACUGCAGAAACCAUAAUAAACAGAUUGCAAUGUUGUUUCUGCUGCUUGCUUCCUAUUGUUUUGGGGAUCCUCCCAUUUCUCUAACAUGUCCCAUCAAUGACCAGUUCCUGGCCUGAGUAUAAAAUAGGACACUGUAGCCUUCAGUCCAUCUUCAAUGGCCAUGAUCUUAGCAAUGUGUGUGUGUGUGCAUGUGGUGCCUGUCCAAGCACUCCAAGGGACCUGUUACAUUGUAGUCUAGCACCUCCCCUCCCGGCUCCUCAAAACAGACAGGGAACCGGGCUUGUAGCCACAUUGCUGAAGCUUUCACCAUCGACACAACGUUUACCCCUCAGCUCCCAUACCUCUUCUCACAGGGGGAGCGUUCACCAGGCUCAGGAAGUCUGAUGACAUCACAUGAGUUCCUUCUUAUGUCCAGACUCAGGGAAGCUGAGAAUCGGGGUAGCAAAAGGCAUAAAAAUUAGAUCCUGGGCUGGUAAGAUGGCUUCAGAGAGCAAAGGCACUCUGUGAAGCCGAUGAUCUGAGUUCAAUCCCCAUGGGAGAUGAGAAGAACCAACUCCCAUAAGUUGCCCUCUGAUCUCCAUGUGUAUCAUAGCAUGCAUACAUACAAAAAUAAAUAA